AUGCUCAUCAACGGAGAGAAAUUCGCCUGCGAGGCCUGUGUGAGGGGCCACCGAGUUAGUUCCUGCCAUCAUCAGGAUCGUCCUCUAGUCCAUGUCAACAAGAAAGGAAGACCGGUCUCACAAUGUCACCAUUGCCGAGGCCUGCGCAAGGCUCGAGCCCAGCAUGUGAAAUGCGAGUGCCACGACAAGGCGCACUCCAAGGAAGAUUGCCCACACGACAAAAACGACCCCAAAUCAACAGAGCCGCACACAUGUUGCUGUCAACACGGUUCCAAAUGCACAUGUUCGUUGAAGAAGGAACACUUAGACCCCGUCCCGGAGGAUAUUCCUCAACUCAUCCAACCCAAAGACCAUCCCAAACCACGUACGAACCAUAACACGCACGAGAGCAAACCUACGGUCAUCACAAACGGUCACCAUAAACCCGUUCAUAAAUUCAACGAUGCGCACAAUCAACUCGGCAACCCUUACAAGAUCCCUUCUCGCUCUCAUUCCCUCCAUGGCCAUCGGGACAUUGCUCAACGAUCUACCGACAGUCUUCCCUUGACCAAGCACUCCAGACCUUUCCACGAAUCCCCGCUCCACAACUCGAUGACAGAGGCUAUCGAGACGGUGCAGAGAAAAGUCAAGUCGGAACACGCCUCCCCCAUUCUUGGACCGCAAACCUAUGCAGCGAACCCUACCAUCCAAGAUCUUGCCCUACCGAAUUUCGAUCCCAAUGCCUACUCAUAUUCUCCGUUCGGCACAGAUAGUCCCAAUACUCAAAAUCCAAGCCUACAAAACAGCCAAAAUGCAAGUCAGCAAGAUUUGACGCAAACCGAGAGAAUCCCUGAAAGUUGGUUCAUGUCAUACGAGCAGGCACACGACUAUGAGCCACCAGCCUUCAACUACAACAACGACACUUCCUCGAUCGACUGGUCAACCUACAAUUUCGAUACCGGCAGUGCUAGUUAUACCCCACCAAACAAUGAAAAUUCUCCCUACAUGCCGCAGCAACAGACAUACAACCAGUACGAUCUGUCCCAUCAUAUCAAUCGUAUUGGUCUUACAUCUUCAAGUGGUGAGCCUUCUGAGGUGGAGGAACAUUCUCCUCCUAAUCCUUGGAACAACGACCGUUCGGUUAGUAAUGACCGUCAAGUCAGCAUUGAUGGUUUCAAUGAUAUCAGCAGUCCCGGAGAUGAUACCUCCGACAAAUACCGAUUGAGCUCGGCUUCUUCGUAUUACGGAACCCCUCAAGCGAACAUGUUGGCGAGCGACAAUCUGACAGGUCUCGAUAUUGAUGACUACAUCAAACGAGCCGAACAAGAGACGGCACGAAUGGCACUGCAAAAUCAACUGGCCCAAAUGCAAAUGGCUCAACACGAGAAUCAGCAGCAGCAACAGCAGCAAUCUCAACAACCAACCUCGAGAUUGUCCAGCGUCAGUCGUGGCAUGACUCCCAGCGUCUCUACUCCAGGCAGUACUGGCGAACACUCCUUCACCGUGCGCGAGGCUCAAAGAUAUGCACAUCUUGACGGAUUUUCACCGGAGCCACUGUUUUCUCAAAAGAAUAAUAUGGCGCCAGCCAUGGUUGAAGAUCCCUCGUGGUCAGCCGCUCCCGAUUUGUCAGAUCCAGAAUUGGUGUUGAAUGAUGAACGUGAUGAUGAGAACUGGGUUCGGUGA